UUACAGGGAAUUAUAGUAAAUUAUGUGUAAUAAGACUUGUUUGUACUUGGGUUGCAUGUUUUAAUGUAAAAGGAAGAAACCAAGAUUAGUAAAUAAGGAAUCCAAAAAUCCUGACAAAGGGUCGAGCUAAGGAUAGGCAAUUGUGUGAGGGAUGACCAGGUCAAGCAUGUCCAUGGAAUCUCAAUUGUUGCAGUUUUUUCUAUCUUCAAGCUCAACCCUUCACGUGCACCUCCAGCUAAGCCCAUCCUGAACAUUCCUCUAACUUCCUGCCUUGCCUCCCUCCAGCAAAAAUCACACCACAAUUCUUAUGUAUUUUCUUUCUUUUUCUUGUUCCCUUUACAAUGUCUCUCUCCAUCUUCCUCUUUUGCCUUGUUACCAUCCCUUUCUCUGCCCAUUCACUCCCUGCUCCUAGAGGUUUUCCUUUAAAUUGUGGGGCAUCACAUGAGGUAACUCAAGGCAACCUGAAAUACAUUCCUGAUGAAGGGUUCAUAUCAGUAGGAAACAAAUCAUCCAUCAAUACGCCUGGUUUAUUACCUUUGCUGUCUACAUUGAGAUAUUUUCCUGAUAAGAAAGCUCGAAAGUAUUGCUACGAAUUUCCAACCGUUAAAGGAGGGAAAUAUUUAGUAAGAACUACAUACUACUAUGGAAGUUUUGAUGGAGGAAAAGAACCACCAGUGUUUGAUCAAAUUAUUCAAGGGACUAAAUGGAGCACGGUUAAUACCACAGAGGAUCAUGUCAAUGGACUUAGUACUUAUUAUGAAAUCAUUGUCCUUUCUACAUCUAAAAUACUCAGUGUUUGUCUGGCAAGAAAUAAGCACACUACUUCUAGUCCUUUUAUAUCAGCUCUUGAAUUGGAGUACCUUGAUGAUUCAAUGUAUAAUUCCACCGAUUUUUCCAAGUUUGCUCUUACUACUCUUGCUCGACAUGAUUUCGGAAGUCGAGGAAACAUAAUUGGCUAUCCAGAUGAUCAGUUCAACCGGUUUUGGCAGCCAUUCAUGGACAAGAAUGUUAUUGUAGAAAGUCACUCUAGUGUUACUUCUUUAGAUUUUUGGAACUUCCCUCCAGAGGCAGUCUUCAAAACAGCAAUCACAGCAAGCAGAGGAAAGACGUUGAAAGUGCAAUGGCCACCCAUUUCACUUCCUAUUUCCAAAUACUACAUUGCACUCUAUUUCCAAGAUAAUCGAACUCCGAGUCCGUACAGCUGGAGAGUCUUCACUGUUUCUCUUAAUGGAAAGAAUUUCUAUGAAGAUCUAAACGUGACAAGUAAAGGUGUCAGUGUUUAUGCACGAGAAUGGCCGCUUGCAGGACAGACUGCAAUCACAUUGACCCCAGCUGAUAAUGCACCUGUUGGGCCUAUAAUCAAUGCUGGUGAAAUCUUUCAGUUCUUGCCUCUUAGCGGAAGGACUUUGACGAGGGAUGUCAUAGCAAUGGAAGAUUUGGCAAGAAGCUUCGACAAUCCGCCUCCUGAUUGGAGUGGCGAUCCCUGCUUGCCUCCUAAGAACUCAUGGACUGGAGUUGCAUGUUCUCGUGAUAAAUUGGCUAGAGUUGUCUCUCUGGACCUUACAGGCAUGGGGAUAUCUGGUUCAAUUCCUUCAAGCAUAGGCAAUUUAAGUGCAAUCACCCAUCUUUGGCUAGGAGAAAACAAGCUGUAUGGUUCCAUACCAGAUAUGAGUGCUUUGAAGGAUCUACAAACUCUGCAUUUGGACAACAACCAGCUUGAAGGAACAAUUCCUCAAUCUUUAGGACAACUCAAGGGGCUUCACGAAAUAUUCCUCCAAAACAACAAUCUCACUGGCAAAAUCCCAUCUUCACUUCGAACGAAUAAUAACAUAAAUCUUAAGGUGUCUCCUGGUAAUCAUUUAUCUUCUUGAGUAGACAAGAUACAAGUGGAGGAGCAAAGGACAGGAACAUGGUUUUUCUGGGAUAUACAUGGAUUUAACUGGGAAGUUUUAGGCCAUUCAUAACUAUGGGAACCAGUUGAACUGGACGGACAUCAUCAAAGAGAGAAAAUCUAUCAGCUUCAUUUCACUCAUUCGUUAGGAAUAUAUGUAAAUUCUGUAUGCCAAUUCUUGUAAUAUAAUUAUGCAACAAUUUUCUGUACAAGACUAACAUAUGAAUUAUACAAAAUCUUUAUGAUGAUGCUGCUUGAGAAUAA